AUGCACAUUUUCUAGUUUAUGUGAACUUUAUGAUUUCUGGUGGUCUGUAUACUGAGAGGUGUGACCUUUCUCUAAUGCCAAACAUUGGGCCCAAGAAGCAACAGCCACUUUCGUCAAGCAAUGUCCAGCAUUCUACUAUAAUUUUGGCGCCGGUUUCCGCUGAACUACUGCACUACUGCACUACUGCUGUCUGUUCCUCUUGCAAGACAAAUACAACUCUGACUUAUGCACUUAUUUCUACACUAACAAUGGUCUUAUUAAGAUUGUGCCACAACAAUUUGGUGUCAGAAUUGGGAUCCAGCUGAGUGGAUCGUCUGAGACUCAGUGGACAGUCACUGGCCAAUUCCUCCAGCCUCCAUUUGUGUAGAGAUGGGAGGGCUGACACGGUGUCUUGGAUCGUCACCACUGGAUCUCAACAAACUGAAUUCAGCUUAACAUCCAGAUAUUCGGUGAGUGUUGUAAAUAAGGUAAAAAGGAAAGAAAAAAAGAAAGAAACGAAAGUAAAAUUUUGAUUGAACAUGACUCCUUUUUGAUCCUUUGGGAGCCCCUAACCUGUCUGACUGAGGUGAUAACAAUCAGUAUAACCAAGAUUAGAUUACAAUGGGUGCAGACACUUGAGGGUUAUAAGAAGAAACCUGAGUGGUUGGGUGAGAAUAAAUAAGACAAUGUGGAGACGUCUGCGUGGAAGUAACCAUAGAGCAAAAGUAGUAAAGGGGAGGAAGGCCAUAGGUCCUGUGGUGGACAUAAUGAAGGCAAAAUAUGAUGAUGGAUCAAUUUCAUUUAAAAAAAAUGGGCUACAGAGUUUGGUUUUUGGGAUAGGAGAUUCCUUGAGUAUGAAAGAAACAGCCUUUUGAACGACGCUCGAUCUGUUGUUUCUCUGCACAACACAAGAUUCAUCCGUCAUGAGAUGCAGUAACUUAACCCAGGUCCCUUGUCAUCAAGUAGUGCUGUCUAUUUGAUCACUGUAGCAGAGAAGAUUGAAGAGGUAUGCAAUUUUGUUGAUAAGGGUAAAAUGAAUGCCACAUGCAUAUUUAGGCCCCAUUAAUACACACCAGUCAUCACGGCCCUGCUAAUUAUACUGUGUUUGAGUGGAAACCAGUGUUACUUGCUAUUUUUGUCGUCUUUCAUGUGUUUCCAUGUGUAAAUGUAGUGUCUGAAAGGCUGAAAUGAGGGCUUAACUAGUGUUAUUAAAAGAUAUGUGAAAAAGGUAACUUAAGAAGAAAGAAAUAUCUGUUCUGAAAGUAGACUUUGAUUUUAAACUUUAUUUCAAUAGGACACUGUUUCUCUGGGGAGUUAAAUCAACUCAUUACAAUAAAAGCAAAACGAUGCUAAUGGUCAACAAGAAUUAAUAUAUGAAAUGUCUCUGCUGAAGACAUCACACGGAAGAAAAAACUAAGCUUCAAUGAUGGAUUCCAUACCACCAUCUGUCGUAUGUUGUAGUAACCUCUCCAUUGUGGUGACCCUUUGCUGUGUGCAAAGAACAUGGGUUGAAGAUAUAUAUCUAUAUAUUGAAAUUUUAUUGAAAUUUAUACUGUGUGCGCACGUCUCCAUGACUCUGUUAUUUUUUAUUUUAACUCACAAAGACAGCUGCUGUUCUUAUGUACUUAUUUCUACACUCACCUGUGAUCUUAUUAAGGUUUUGCCACAACAAAUCCUACCCUGGAACUAUUUUAUCCUCACGCUUCCCAAGUUGAUAGGAAGACGUUCUUCAAAGGCAUUCCAUGAUAACAUUAUGACAUCAUCAUUUGUCCAUAACACAGGACUGCAAUUCAGUCAUGCGACACUAUUCGCUAACGGAACAUAGGAUAUACUUCAUAGGCUAUGAUACAUGUAACAUUACCAAUGCUAACUGCCAUAAAACACCAAAAAAGACCACUUCAUCCAUUUAAAGAAAAUCAGACAAUCUGUCCGAGGAGAAAAUGGACCAUCCAAAGGAGGAGACACUCCCACAGAGUCAGACAGACAAGUUGCUGGAGCAGAGGAGCAAAGCGGUGAAGCAGCUGACGGUCAAUGAAGGCUGGAGAUUUAUUUUGUGUCACACUCAAGCCGAUGAGCUUUGUGAAGACAUUGAGAUCUUCAAACAGAUGUUUGAGAGGCAGAUAGACAGCCUGGACGAUGUCAUCAGGAGUUUAGAGCAUGAUCUAGAGGAGGCAGAGCGUCAGUCUUCUCAUGUGCAGCGGGUACAUUUGCAUCUUCUGGAGCGGCUGAGGGCGUUGCAGAACAAGCAUGUCAUGGUUCUGCAGCAGCAGUGGGAGAGCAACUUGCAGCAUGUGUGCUCUAUGUUCGACUCCGAAAGGAAGCAGCUGACGGCACAUUCUAGGCAGCGGAAAGUACAGCUAGAUGAAGCGAAGGUCAAUAUGGAAGGGGAACACAAUAAAAUCAUGAAAGAAAUCGACAAACUGUACAGUGACAGCCUCAAUUCAUACAGGAACGCUCAUGAGAGCUGGGAGGAUGCUCUGGUCAAGGACGGACAGGUAAUGCUGACGGAGCUGUCUCAUCAAAACUAUAAGCUGCUGAGAAACCUACGCAAAGAACAAAAAGAAGUCAAUGACCUAAUCUUUAAAAAACAGCAACACAUUCAAAUAACCAAGAAAAAGAUGGCGAUGAUAAAAAAUGUAGAGAAACAUAGAGAAAAAUUGAGAACCAUCCAGAGAGACAAUGAAUUAAUGGAACAAGAGCUGAAAAACUCCAUAAAUGAAGUGAGGCAGAAGACUUUCAUACUCCGUGAUAGGCUGACCCUGGGUCACUCAGCAGCAAAGAGACAGCUCAUUGACCUCAUUAUGCAGAGCGAUGCCGCCAUCAGAAAACUUCAGACAGUGAUCAUCAAGGGUGAAAGAGUUUUACGUGUCGGUAAAAUGUGCUGGAAGCUGGAGAGGAAGCUGAGGCACAAGCCAAUACCAUCAGGUGGAGAUUAUCAGAUAUCAGACACAGAGGAGAAAGAAGAAAUAACCAUCUCUGAUGUUCAAGAGUUGCCAAGAGUGACGCUUUGCUUAAACACUGCUCUGAUGCAUCGAGAAGCUCUGAAGAAACAAAUAAAAGACCUGGGGAAAGAGAACAUUCAGCUGAGGUUUGUUCUGGCUCACAGUUAGGAUGACAUCAUGUCAGCAAACCUCCUUCCUCAACUGAACUACACACCCUCCUCACCAUGCGGUGUACCCCAAUCAACACUCUUGUCAAAGCUAUUGACACAAUGGAUGGAAAACAAAUAAACUAUUUGUUCAAUUCACAAAUUCUAUAGUCUUGUUUGUACAUAAAACUGAGUUUUUGGUUCUAAUCUACAAAGAAAACAACUUUACAUGCAGUCUCAAUAUGUUUAU